CAGGGGCAGGGCCGGGCCGGGGCCAGAGACGCAGUCAGAGGGAGAACACCAGGCGCGCGCGGGCGGCUCCGGCUCCGGCUCCGGCCCGGCAGAGGCACGAUGGCGAGCAGCGACAGCAACUAUGCCGUGGAGAGCCCCUUCGGCUCCGACGGGGACGAGGAGGCGACCCGAAGGCUGGAGAGCGACGAAGACGAGGAGGACGAGGAGGACGAGACGGCCGCCGAGUCGGAAGAGGAGCCGGACGCCAGGUUAUCAGACCAGGAUGAAGAGGGCAAGACCAAGCAGAAGUGUAUCAUAAAUGACCCCUCCUUUUCCAUGGUGACAGUUCAACGGGAAGAUAGUGGAAUAACCUGGGAGACCAAUUCAAGCAGGUCUUCUACUCCUUGGGCCUCAGAAGAAAGUCAGACUUCUGGCGUAUGUAGUCUGGAAGGGUCAACUAUGAGCUCUCCUCCAGGGAAUGUUUCCUUCAUUGUGGAUGAAGUUAAAAAGGUUCGGAAAAGAACGCCUAAGUCAAAGCGCGGCUCACCAUCCUUGCGUCGGAAAGGCAACAAAAAAAGAAAUUCUUUCGAAUCUCGGGAUGUUCCAGCAAAUACAAAAGAUAAUCUUUUAAUUUCAGAAAGCCAGGUGCUAAACACUCAGAAAGAGAAGUCAUCUAGUGGUGUUUAUGAUAAAAUAAGAAAAAAGAAGACCCCCUCAAACACACCUCCUAUUACUGGGGCAAUAUACAAAGAACACAAGCCCUUAGUAUUAAGGCCAGUCUACAUAGGAACAGUACAAUAUAAAAUUAAGAUGUUUAAUUCAGUUAAAGAAGAAUUAAUUCCUCUACAAUUUUAUGGAACAUUGCCAAAGGGUUAUGUAAUUAAAGAAAUACAUUAUAGGAAGGGGAAAGAUGCAUCCAUUAGUCUAGAGCCAGAUUUGAGCAGUCGUGAUUCUAACACUUUUUCCAAAACAGGCAAAUUAGUAGCCCAAAGCAUAGAAGAUGAUAAAGUAAAAGAGCUUGCUUCACCUUGGAGAGGUGUACUCUCCAAAAAAUCAGAGUCCUUGACCUCCUCAUUCAGUCAUGAAGAGGAAAAGAAAAUUUAUAUUGAUUCUCCCGUAAAGGCCACAUUCGCCACCAAGCACACAGUUUCUUCUUAUGCAAGUAAUGACACAGCAGAACAAGAAACACAGCUCAGCCCUCCACAGUUAGUGCCACAACAACCAGGCGAUGAAACAAAACUCCAUGACAUGGAGUCUUCCUCUCUUACACCUAACACAUCUACCACUGAGUUCCUGGAAAGAGCAAAGGAAGAAUUUGAGCCUGAUUCACAAGAAAUUGUGGCUUCAGAUCAUGACUUUUCAAUCUCACCACCUUCAGUGGAUGAGGUGAAGCAAGAAGAUGUGUAUUCUGAUGACCAUUCCAUUUCAUUUGAAGCAGAAAAGGAUUCUCAGGAAAUAGGUUUGAUAGGCCUGGCAGCAUCCAUCCAUGAAGAUUUUGGACCAGAGACAGAAGGGCUGGACCUGACUUCAGUAGAAAGGGCAGAACCAGUCUCUGAAAAACGGAGCCCUCCCCAUCUUGAUGUCAAAGAAUUGGAGGAAGAAAAUGUGCCUGAGCCAUCCAUUUCUCUUUCUGAACCUCCAGUGUUAGAGGAACCAAAGAAAGAAGAAAUAGAAACUUCUCUACCAGUAGCUGCUACCCCUGAAUCUGAAGAUUCUAAUUUAGUGGAGGAAGAGAUCCUAGAACUUGAAUACCCAGAAAGUCCAUCUAUUUCUGAGCAGCCCUUCCCAUCAUAUUUGGCCCCUGAAGUGGAGCUAAAAGAAGAGAUCACUUUACCAUCACUAAAAACAUCAACACCUGAACAUGUUGCUUCAUCUGAGGAAGAAAGAGAGGAAAAUGAGUCUGUUUCUACUGAUUCUGCUUUUGUAUCAGAGUAUUCAGUCCCACAGGAUUUGAACCAUGAACUAGAGAAGCAAGAAGUUGAGCCAGUUUCUCCUUCUGCUGUAAAAGGUAUAUCUAAACAUGCAGUUUUUUCAGAAGAGGAGAAUGAGGAGUUUGAGCCUUUGACCUCUGCAUCUGAACGCUCUCUCUCACCAUCCACAACUGAGAAGACUUCUGAAUGCCAGUCCCCACUGUUUUCAGCAGCUAUCAUAGAACACGUCCUGUCUGGAGAAGAGGCCUCAGAAAGUAGAUAUUACACACCAGAUUCCACAUCUGCUUCUGAAUAUUCAACUCCAUCACAGACGACAAAAGAGUCACUAAAGAAAACAAUUGACCAUAAGCCCCCAUUAUCACCUCUAAAGGACACAUCUUUAUCUGGACCUGAGAUUUUAUCAGCAGUGAAAACACAAGUGAAACAUGACUCUAAAAUAACUGAUACAUCUAGAGUGCUGCAUUCAGCUCCACCACGAGUGCAAAAGAAAACUGAACACGAACCACCUGCACCAGAGUUUUUGGAAGAAAUAAAGAAAGAAAUCGAACCCAGUUGUUCAAUAACCACAACAUCUGUAACUAAGCCUGAUUCAGGCUUAACUAAGUUAGCAAAAGAAGAAACCCCAACAGAUUUAUCUUUUACCACUCGAAUAGAACAUCCAGUCUUAACAAAAGUAGAAAAGAGUGAAUUAGAAAGUGAUUUGCCACCACUGGUGAAGUCGAUAGAUGAACAUCCACUUCUUAAAGAAGAAAAGGUAGCACUGAAAAUUAGUUCUUCUCCCACUGAAACUGCUGCACCUGAACGUCCAGCUUGGUCAGAAGCAGAGAAAGAAAUUAAAUUCGAUUCACCUGCAGGAAUAUCCUCUGUAUCAGUGCAUUCUUUGUCCAAGGUAGAAACUGAAGAAGUUAAACCUGGGUUGCCAAUAACCAAAGCAUUGUCUUGUCAACAUUCAGAUGUAUCUAAGGAAGAGAAGGUGGAAAAUGAACAAGGUGUUUCAUUUUCUAUAGUCCUGGACUCUGAACAACUGGCUUUACCACAGAAAAAAAAUUCUCUGCCUGCUUCAGAGGUGUCAGAGCCUGAACAUGUACUUUCGCUCAACCAAGGUAAUGAGGUAAAGAAAAAAGAAACUGAACUUCUUUCCUCUCAAAACAUAUUACCCAAACAUAUCGUUCCAAAAGGCAAAAAUGAGGAAAUGAAAAGUUCUUCUCCUGCGUUGGAAAAUUUAGCAUUAGAAGAUUUAACUCCAGUCCUUGGAGAUGAUAAGAAUAAAGAGGCAGUAGAGCCAUCUUCUACAGCUCACGGAAAUUUCCUGUCAGAAAAACAAGAUCUUGUUCCAGCAGAGCCCUCUUUGGAACCUGAAAAGAAAGACAAGCCAUGCCACGUAUCAGAAUUACUGAGCACUGGGUCAGAAUUUAUUCAUAGUUUAGGUGGACAAGAUGGAUCCAUAGAUACAAAACAAAUAAAAUCUCCCAUAACUGAAACUGAGGAUUCGGUCUUAGAAAAGAGCCUCCCUGAGCUUAGGAGCAGAGAAGAAGGAAAAGAAGAAAACAAGGAAUGUCAUGUGUUAGCUACAGUUUACCCUGAAAUUUCAGAGGUUUCAUCAUACCUUAGGGAGGAACCACAGACUCAGGAAGUUAAAUCUUUCUCUCCCAAGGUAAUCAGCUUACAGUCAAAGGAAGCAUUGGUCUCUCCAGUUGAAGGAGACAGCCCAAAAGAGCUUCCAAUACCUUCUUUUUCUUUAAAAGGAUUAUCAGAGAAGUUGAACCAUUCAGCUGAUGUUAAAGAGGGAGAAAAACAAGAAAUACGCCCAUUAUUGUCAGCAGGAAAUUUGAAGACACCAGUGAUAGGACAUAUUGAAAUGAAAGCAAAUGAAGAAACAGACCAACCAAAUUCAUUCCAUGUGCCCCAGAGUAUAACAGAUCUAUCAAAGAUUGUUUCUUCUGACUUCCUUACUGAACAAGAGAAGCCUGGAAAAGCACUUCAUUCAGAUCAAGCUGUUAAAUUACCUGAUGUAAGCACAUCUUUUGCAGAUAAACAAGAUAUGGGUGUUAAACAAUUUUUAUUUCUGAAAGAGAAUUUGCCUUUGGAAGAAUCAAAACCACUUACAGCAAAUGAGCGUGCAGAUGUUAAAGAAACACAAAUUAAAGAGGCCCUUAUUUUUCCAAAGGAUGAAAGCUGGGUGCUGGAAAAGCCAGAAAGGGAUCUGGCAAGUCACCAUGAAGAAAGAAUACCAGGAUCUGUGCAGCUGGGUGCCUUUGGCAGUAAUGAUUUGAUGACAGGGCAAUUCAAGGCUAUUGUACCAGAUAAAGACCACACAUGUGAAACCAAAAAGCAGGUUCUGCCACAUUCUGCUGAAGAAUCUCUUUUAUCAUUACAAGAGCCAGUAUCUACUCUCAAUACCUCCAGUGGUGACCUGGAGACCUUAUCAACUAUAACUUACUCUUUGGCGGAAACAAAGCUGGCCCCCAAAUUGAAAUCUUUAGUUCCAACUGGAAGUGUAGAGAGAAAAGAAGCAGAGAGGAGGCAGAUCUUUUCUUUCAUGGAGAGUGAAAGUUUGAUAGUGGAAAAAGCAAACACAGAAUUGUCCAGGCCUUGCAAAGAAGGCAGCCAGGAAGAAAUCAACAUAUCUUCUGAAAGAAUUCUCCAGAAGCCAGUGUCUGACCCAUCAAUGGAACUGAUCAAAUCAGAAACUAUUCCCUCUCCUGCCAAAGCAGCUCCUUUCCUGGCGGAAGAAGCAGAAUAUGCAUUGAGCAGCAAAAAAGACGCACACAGGAGUAUAUCUCCUUUACCUGGAGAGAGGUCAUUAGAAGAAGAAAAAAUGAUUCAGUCAGAGGUUGCAGAUGAUGUUAAUGAAAGACGGAAACCAGCACCUGAGGUGGAAACACCCACACCAAUAAAACCCCUCUCCUCAAACCAAGAAAAUGAACAUCCUCAAUCCACAGAGCCAUCUGAGGCAACACAAAAGUUGCCUAAGCAGCCAAAGGCAGUUGAGCCAGGCCUUUCUGAGGGAAAGGGAAAGAAGGGAAUUUUAUCUUUCACAUCCUGGAUGUCCAGUUUGUUUUUUGGAUCAAGCACUCCAGAUGACAAAGUUGCUGAAAAAGAUUUAGAAACUCAGCCAAGUCCAUCUGUAGAAGGAGCAGAGCCUGUGACACUGAAGUCUGAAGGAGCAGCUCCAGCUGACUUUAAUGCAGCCAAGACACCAGCUGAUCAUCUGUUACCACAGACAAAGCUUAAACCUGCUGAAAAAUCCAGAGAUAUUUUAGUUAAGUCUGGUGAAGGCCAAGACUUUAAAGAACAACCUACAUUGUUAUCAAGUGUAGAUGUUUUACAACAGCCCCAAUCCAACUUUGAGGUGUCUAGUGAAGAUUAUGGGAAAAAAGAAAUCCUAGAUUAUUCAGAGAAAAUGGAUUUAAACUCAGUAGUUACUUCUGCUGAUGGUGAGGAACACCGUGAAAUUCAACCUUAUUCUCCCGUGGGUGAGAAAUCCAUAGUGGAAGAAGCGCAAAAUGCUGUUCCUUUUCACAUCACUGAUAGUAAAAGAGCCCAGAAGCCAGAAAUUUCUGCUCCAUCUAAAUGGAAUAUUUCUAUUCUUAAGGAAGAGCCAAGAAGUGAUCAAAAAGAAAAAUUAUGCUUUUCAUUUGAUGCAGUGGAUAAGGUGCCACAACAGCCAAAAUCAGCUUCAUCUAGUUUCACAAGUAAAAAUAUCAUGAAGGAAUCAGGGAAGCCAGAGACAAUAAUUUUGCCAGUAGAAGAAUCUAAAUGCAGUUUAAUUGAUCUGGGUGAAGACAGACUGAAGAAAGAAAUGAAAAAACCUACUUCCUUGAAAAUUUAUGAAAAGGAAACAAAACUCAGGUCUGUAAGCCCAACUGAGGAGAAAGGUAACUUGGAAACCAAAUCAUAUUCCUUGGCAGAAAAGAAGGUGCUGGCAGAAAAGCAAGAAACUACGGCCCCAUUAGAAUUUAGAGAUAAUGAAAUAGGGAAGACACAAAUUGCACGUGGAUCUAGCCCUAUUAAAUUGGAAGAAUCAAAAGCCGCAGCUGUGCUUCAGCAAGUCUCUCAAAAUGAAGACCACAAAGAAAGAUACACAAUUAUGGAGGAGGAGAAAAAUGAAAAACAAAAGCAGUCACAAGUACUUUUAGAAGGAAAGAAGCAACAGGAAACUCAGUAUUCUGUGAAUGUAGCCAGGUCUAUACCUGAAGAAUCAGAUAUCUCCUUAAGUCAUUCUUCGGGUGAAACUCAACCAUUUCCAUUAGUUAAAACUCUAUCUGUUACUGAAAAAUCAGAAACUAUGCUCUUGGAGGCUCACCCAGAAAUCAGAGAAACCAGGGCAGUAGGAACUCAACCACAUCCAAGAGAAGAAAGUAAAGUUUUGGCGGAAAAAACCAAGACUUCCAUUCCAGUGGAUCUUCCUUCUCAUGAAGAAUUAGAUAAGUGCUUUUUACCUAAGGAAGGAAAUCGGAUAUUGGAAAAGUCAAGCAGGGAUGUGGCAAGUCACAUUGAAGAAAAGGAACAGGUCACAGUGUCAGAGCCAUCAAAAGGUGGUUUAAUAGAUAUCACAAAAGAAAGUGUGAAACAAGGAUCUCCAUCUAAAGAAUCUGAAAAGAUUUUAGGUCAUCCUUUUGAUGAAACAAUGAGCUUAGAAACCCCACCAUAUUUGUUGUCAUCUAUGAAAUCACAAACACUUGUUUCUGCAACUUAUCCAGAAACUGGUACAGUGAAGAAACAAGAAAUGCCAUGGUCAGAAUUGACUCCAGAUAGGCAUACAGUCCAUACUAUUCAAACAUCUAAAGAUCUAACGUCUGAAGUGUCUAAACAAUCUGUUCUUGCUUCAAAGCACCACGUGGAGGCUGUGAAAGAUGCCCAUGUAAAUGAACCAAGCUCUUCAGCAAGCAGCAACUAUGCUCAAUUUAUAAAGAAUGCAUCAGCAACUGAUGCUGAUAAAAUGGUUUCUGCUAGAGAAAUAUCCAAGGAGCCUGAAGACAUGCAUGUAAAAGAUGAAGAUUUUACAAUGACUAGUAAGCCAGCUGGACUUUCAGAAGAUCAAAAGAGUGCCUUCAGUAUUAUUUCUGAAGGCUGUGAGAUAUUGAAUAUUCAUGCUCCUGCAUUUAUUUCUUCAGUUGAUCAGGAAGAAAGUGAACAAGAUAAAUUAGAAUAUUUGGAAGAGAAGGCUUCAUUUAAAACAAUAUCCCUUCAUGACAAUAGUGAGGCAGUCUCUUGCCAUAAAACAUUAAAGAGUAAGUUAGAAGAUUCUGAUCAAGUUAUAUCAUUGCAAGAAAAUAAACAAAAGACAUCUCUUAACACAGAAGGGGAGAUGCCCACUGAUUCAGAAACAGAUGAUUUCACCUUUAAUCAGCCUUCAGUUCCCAGUGAAGAAGACUAUUUUGAAAAAUAUACAUUGAUUGAUUAUAACAUCUCCCCAGACCCAGAAAAGCAGAAAGCUCCAUGGAAAUUAAAUGUUGAAAUGGAACUCUCAAAGCAGGUUACAGAAGACACUGUCUCUUUCCCAGAAAGUUCAGAGGCAAGUACUCUGGAACAUGAAUAUGACUUGCUGAAGUUAGAUGAAAGCUUCUAUGGGAUGAAAAAGGACGAUAGCAAAUUAUCUCACCAAGAGACACGGAAGCAUUUGGAUAUCCAGCAAUCGGCUGACAGAGAUGCUCCGAAGAGCAUAAACAGAGAUGUGGACUUAAAGUCACCUGGGAUGCCAUUGUUUAGUGCAGAGGAAGGAGUUUUGUCACGAUCCCAGAUAUUUCCUACCACCACUAAAGCCAUUAAUCCUGAACUUCUGGAGGAGCCACCUGCACUCGCAUUUUUAUACAAGGAUCUGUAUGAAGAAGCAGUUGGGGAGAAAAAGAAGGAAGAGGAAACAGCUUCUGAAGGUGACAGUGUGAAUUCUGAGGCAUCAUUUCCAAGCAGGAACUCUGACACUGAUGAUGGAACAGGAAUAUAUUUUGAGAAGUAUAUUCUCAAAGAUGACAUUCUCCAUGACACAUCUGUAACUCAAAAGGACCAAGGCCAAGGUCUAGAAGAAAAAGCAGUUGGUAAGGAUGACUCAUACCAACCAGUAGCUGCAGAAGGGGGAAUUUUGGGGAGUUUUGGAAUUAUUUUUGGGGAGAAGAGUCUGGAAGAGGAGCAGAAAACUACUUAUGGGGAAGGAGAAUCAGUAGGCUACAUGGGGCCCCUUGACAAAGAAGUUAUGCAUGGGAAAACUCCCAUCACUGAAGAAGUCACAGUGGUUACCCAGAAGGUAAGCUAUGCGAUUCCAUUUGAAGACACCCAUCAUGUCCUGGAGAGAGUAAAUGAAACAAGCAGUCAGAGUAAUGAAGCAGAAAAUGCAAGUCCAGAAGUCAGUCUGAAUGUCCCAGUACAAGUGUCCUUCCCAGAGGAAGAAUUUGCCUCUGGUGUAACUUGUGUUCAAGAAACACUGCAAGAAGCAUCUAAAGUAACAUUCCCACCUGAGCCAAGUGAAGACAGGCUCCGCCAUAGCCCUGUUCAGGAUGAGUAUGAAUUUGCUGAAUCCCUGAAUUAUGAAAUGGUUGCUCAGGACACUUUAUCAGAGGACCUAUAUUCAGAAUCCACACCUGAAGAUGUGUUAUCUCAAGGAAAGGAAUCCUUCGAACACAUCAGUGAAAAUGAAUUUGUGAGUGAGGUAGAACAAAGUAUGUCUGCUGAACAGAAGGAGUUAGAUAGAGAGAGGACAGAACAAGAACAAUUAUCAUCAGAGUUAGCAACCGAGAAGGAACAAAAGGAACUGAAAAAGUCUCAGAUCGACACAUACUGUUACACUUGCAGAAGCCCAAUUUCUGCUGUUGACAAGAUGUUUGGUGCCCACAAAGACCAUGAAGUUGCAACACUUGAUACAGCUAUAAGUGCUGUGAAGGUACAGUUAGCAGAGUUUCUAGACAAUUUACAAGAAAAGUCCCUGAGGAUUGAAGCCUUUGUUAGUGAGAUAGAAUCUUUUUUUAAUACCAUCGAGGAAAACUGUAGUAAAAAUGAGAAAAAGCUAGAAGAGCAGAAUGAGGAGAUGAUGAAGAAAGUUUUAGCACAGUAUGAUGAGAAAGCCCAGAGCUUUGAGGAAGUGAAGAAAAGGAAGAUGGAGUUCCUACAUGACCAGAUGGUCCACUUUCUGCAGAGCAUGGACACAGCCAAGGACACCCUGGAGAGCAUCGUGAGCGAAGCAGAGGAGCUCGACGAGACCGUUUUCCUGACUUCGUUUGAGGAAAUCAAUGAAAGGUUGCUUUCUGCAAUGGAGAACACUGCUUCUUUAGAGAAAAUGCCUGCUGCAUUUUCACUGUUUGAACAUUAUGAUGACAGCUCAGCAAGAAGUGACCAGAUGUUAAAACAAGUGGCUGUUCCACAACCUCCUAGAUUAGAACCUCAGGAACCAAAUUCUGCCUCUAGUACAACAAUUGCAGUUUACUGGAGCAUGAACAAGGAAGACGUCGUUGACUCCUUCCAGGUUUACUGCAUGGAGGAGCCACAGGAUGACCAAGAAGUGAACGAGUUGGUAGAAGAAUACAGAUUGACAGUGAAAGAAAGCUACUGCAUUUUUGAAGAUCUGGAACCUGACCGUUGCUAUCAAGUGUGGGUAAUGGCUGUGAACUUCACUGGAUGUAGCCUGCCUAGCGAAAGGGCAAUUUUUAGAACAGCACCCUCCACCCCUGUUAUCCGCACUGAGGACUGUACUGUGUGUUGGAACACGGCCACCAUCCGAUGGAGGCCUGCCAACCUGGAGGCCACGGAGACCUAUACUCUGGAGUACUGCAGACAGCACUCUCCUGAGGGUGAGGGCCUUAGAUCCUUCUCUGGAAUUAAAGGACUCCAGCUGAAAGUUAACCUCCAACCCAAUGACAAUUACUUUUUCUACGUGAGAGCCAUCAAUGCAUUUGGGGCGAGUGAACAGAGUGAAGCUGCCCUAAUUUCCACCAGAGGAACCCGAUUUCUUCUGUUGCGAGAAACAGCUCAUCCUGCCCUGCAGAUUUCCUCAAAUGGGACAGUGAUCAGCUUCACUGAGAGGAGACGGCUAACAGAAAUCCCAUCAGUGCUGGGUGAGGAGCUGCCUGCCUGUGGCCAGCAUUACUGGGAAACCACAGUCACAGACUGCCCAGCUUACAGACUUGGCAUAUGCUCCCACUCGGCUGUGCAGGCUGGUGCCCUGGGACAAGGGGAGACUUCAUGGUACAUGCACUGCUCUGAGCCACAGAGAUAUACAUUCUUCUACAGUGGCAUUGUGAGCGAUGUCCAUGUGACUGAGCAUCCUGCUAGGGUGGGCAUUCUGCUGGACUACAACAACCAGAGGCUUCUCUUCAUUAAUGCUGAAAGUGGACAGUUGCUCUUCAUCAUCAGGCACAGGUUUAAUGAGGGAGUUCAUCCUGCCUUUGCCCUGGAGAAACCUGGAAAAUGUACUUUGCACCUGGGGAUUGAGCCACCAGAUUCUGCAAGGCACAAGUGAUUGUUGGCUUUCAGAGUUUGCAAGAGGAACAAUGUGAAUUUUGGGGGUGUAUUGUUCUUUCCCUUGGGUGCUAUAUAUUCAAAAUAUCUCCCAUACAUUCGCACUAAUGAUAGCUAUGUGCACAGCAUGCUCAGCGCACAGCAAAGCCACGAAAGAAACCUUGACUUUCUAAGUAGCAUGUGAGUAAAGAUGACGGAAAAACGAUCUCCACCCUUUGCUUUAUAUAUGUUUGAUUUCUUCCCUAAAUUAAAAAGAUUUAUAUCUGAUUUUGGAACCAGAACAGAGAAGUGGUCUUCCACCUGUUUUACCCUCAGUGGACAGGUCUGAGUAAAGGAAAGGCUGUGUUACAUCUCUGACAAGAAAUAUGGGCUUUUUCCAUAAGAAAAAUGUCACCUGACUCCACUAACGGCUGUUGAAUUCUAAUCAUUAGAGAAGGUGUUUUCACUGUUUGAAGUUGAUAAUGAACUCUUUUGUAAUAAUAUAUACUGUAGAACAUGAGGCUCUUUUCCCUGACAUUUUAAAUGUAGACAAGAGCUAGGUAUUAGAAAUAUCCAUUUUGCUAAAUAAAUGGCUAGAGUCUAUAAAACAAAACAUGUUAUAUGAACUAAUUAUAUAUAACUUAGGAGCCCAGCAUCUCUGGACUGGAACAGACUGCCGAGUAAAUGACCAUCAUGCUUCAGUGGGUUGUGUCACGACUAACUUUCACAUAAGAAUUUUACAUGCGUCUUUUAAAAUCUAAACACUUUUAUCCCAUAGUUACAGUCAACGACAGGAAGCUGGGAAUCUCUUUUUGCCAAAAUGAAAUGGUUGGUCAUUUUUAGAUACUAUACUGAAAUCUUCCUAAAGUAUGCGUGCCAAGUUGAUAAAUCUAGAAGGCAUUUUGA